AUGACUGCCAGAAGCGUGUGGCUGCUCCUACUGCUCAGCUGCGCGGCCAGCACGCAAGUCCUGGGGGAUGUCAUCAUACUGCAAAACUGUCCCACUGGGUGGUUUUACCACAAACUCAGCUGCUACGGAUACUUCCAGAAGCUGAGGAGCUGGUCUGAUGCUGAGCUCGAGUGCCAGUCCUUUGGAAACGGAGUCCACCUGGCGACUAUAGAGAAUUCAAAGGAGGCCGAAGUCAUAGCAAAGUACAUACGCGGCUAUCAAAGAAACCUGUCCGUAUGGAUCGGCCUGCAUGACCCAAAGAAGAACCAGCAGUGGCAGUGGGCCGAUGGGGCCUCGCUGUCAUUCAAAACCUGGUCCGGCAAGUCUGUGGGCACGAGCGAGCACUGUGCUGAAAUAAGCGCCAAACACGAUUUCUUACAGUGGGAAGGCAAUAAAUGCAACCAGCACCAACACUUCCUGUGCAAGUAUCAACCCGCGUAUCAGCCGUAG